GGAGCCUCCUAAAAAGUGGCUAGGAGGUAUAGUUUUACCUCAGGCACAGGGGAAGCAAAUGCCCCAAACGGAGGAUACUACAGUCGGGAAGCUACCCUAUUAUGACGUUGGAAGCUUGUUAAAGGUAUACUACAACUUUAUCUCAUUGCUCAGAAAAUCAAAGCCUAUGUUAAGUGACUCCACCGAAACGUUCCUAGUCGGUUCGGGCAAAUACACGGGUAGUAACACUAGUGUGUUUGUUACAGAAGGCGUACAUCGCCUGCUAUACUUUUCUUAUAGAAACUGCUUCAGCCAACUACCCAAUGGCAGCACAACGGAUUCUGGUUGGGGAUGUCUGCUCCGCACUGGGCAAAUGGUCCUUGGUCAAGUCCUUAUGCGGUUUAAUGCUCACUGUAGUUCGUUCAUACCAAGCGCUGAAGUCGAAAAGGUGCGACAGCAGACUCAGCCGCUGUUUAUGGAUACACCAACUGCCCCUUUUAGCAUCCAUCAAUUAGAGCUGGAGGCACGUAAGAUUGGGGUUGCUUGUGGGAUGUGGCUUUCGCCUACACAGGUGUGCAGAGCAAUGCAUGCUACCCUUCUCAAGUACUAUGAAGAGAGCGGUAGAGGCCCUUACCCGGUGUGUUGCAUUGAUCGGGACAUUGUUACGCAAACAAUUCUGCCAAUUUUGGAAAGACCAGAACCUGUGGUAUUGCUUAUACCUGUAGCUCUUGGCAUUGAUAAAAUUGGUGAUAGGUACGAAGAGGCCCUACUACACUGCUUGAAAAUGAAAUCCCUGUGUGGCAUUGCCGGCGGCUAUAGGCAUGCCUCAUACUACCUGUGUGGUUGUCAGCAGCGGGAAGUACUUUAUCUGAAUCCGCAUUAUAUACAAGAGGCAUACGUUUCUGAAAAAACCGCAGGGAAUCUAGUCGGAAAUUGGAAUACGAUCAGUGUUGAAAAACUUGAUCCAUGCAUGUUGUUUGGGUUUUACAUUGCGAAUAAGGAGGAGUUCAUUGAUUUUCUUGAAGAUCUCAAGGUGAUGAACUCUUUUUUAGUAUUCCCACUAAUUACUGUGUCGAAUGUUGACUCUGAAGACAACAGAACAUCGGAAAAGGAUGCGCAGCGAGUGGACGCAGCUAAUGGGGAUGAAUCUUGCAAUGAAUUCGAGACCCGUAAUUUAGCCAGUUGA